AUGCCUUAAAAAGACCCAAACAGACGGUCCAUAUUCCCUAAAUCCUCCGCAUUCCCAAUUCCCCCUUUAUCUUCAUUCUCAUUUUUGCUAACAAAAGAAAUUACUAAUACUGUUAAAUUUGUAGAAAUAAAUAACUCAGAUCGCAACGGAAAUGGCUACUUUGCAGAAAUUCAAGCUUCUUGCAACUCAAUGUGCAGUAGCAGGAAGCCCAACCCGGAGCCCAACAACAAGCCCAGUUAUUCACCUCCGCCGACGGAAGACUCUCCGUAUGCUCCUUAGCCGCAGCGUAGGCGGCGGAAGUGGCCGUAGGCUGCCGCGAAGAGAAGUCUGUUCGCCGGAUCGGUUUGUUAGAGACAGCAACUCACCGGAGAAGGGGAAGGAACUGGUUGUCAGUCACAAGCUGAAGGACUUGUUUGUUUCGUCGCCUCCGUCGUUUGAACGGAGCCUAUCUGAGAAUACGAGACAGGGAUUCUCGCCGGCAGCCUCUGGUGCCGGCGGCGGUUUUAGUGCGGGAUCAGCUGUUCGGAGGAUAGGCUUACGUUCGCUUCGGCCGUUAUCGGCGACUUUCCGGCAACGGUUACUGAGGAGGGCUUGGCGACCUGUACUUGUUAGCAUACCCGAGUAAAUUACUUGUACCUGAUUAAUUACAUAAAUAAUAAAUACUACUUAGUACAAUCAUA